CUGUGCGCAGGCGCAGUGCGCGCCGCCUGCCCGCCCGGCUGGUGCGUGCGAGAGAGAAGAUGGCGGCGGCGGGGGCAGCAGCGUGAGGCGCACGGGAGACGCCGAGCUCCCUACGGAAGCGGGCCGUCAUGGCCGUGAACGGCGCUCAGUAUAUUUUUGGGGAGUUCAGCCCUGAUGAGUUUAAUCAGUUCUUUGUGACUCCACGUUGCUCUGUUGAGCUUCCCCCUUACAAUGAAACAGUUUCAUGCGGCAUUAAGUCCACAGGGGAGGAGUAUCAGAGAAUUGAAUUUGGUGUUAAUGAAGUCAUUGAAACGGAAUCUUCUGUACUAAAUAACACCGACUACAGUAUUUCAAGCACUCUGAAUCCUCAGGCUCCAGAAUUCAUUCUCAGUUGUGCACCUGCUCAGAAAACCCCUGAUGACAGUCUCGGUGAAACAAACUACAACUCAAUUGACUGCCAGUUCUCUGACCCAACCCUCACUCUGGAUAGUGGUUCUAAUGCUGAUAAUGACGGCUUGUCUGGAGGCCUUGGACAGAGGGAGCGUAAAAAGAAGAAAAAAAGACCCCCUGGAUACUACAGUUAUUUGGAAGAUGUCAGUGAUGGCAUGGCUCCCACAGAAGCUCUUGUAAAUGGCCACGCAAAUUCCUCGGGACUUAACAGCACUGAGGAUACAGAACUGACGGGGGACAUCCCCUCUCUGGCCACACCAAGGACUUGCAACAGCCCGGACAAUUCUGUGGACUUCGUUCACGAAGCUGUUUCUGAUGAUUCUGUUUCUAGCGCACUAGACAAUACCAGGACUGCAGGGCAGCCUGAGGUAUGCAGGGUUACUAAUUCUGAACAGUUUUGCAUCCCCUCAGAGACUGGCAGAGAUAGCCCUUUAAGGACAGCUGUUGUACAGCCUUAUGCUGGUACUGAUACUACUGAAAGUCAUGGCGUUACUAAUGGACAAACACUUGAAUCCUCUGGUGAGGACACAGCUGCCAAUGGGGUAGAAUUGCACACUGUGGAAAGCACUGACUCAGACCAAGCUAAGCCUGAGGAAGCUUCACCUACUACUGAGGCAACAGCCACGGUUGCAGGAUCAGUCCCUGUUAAUCAGCCUGCGAAAUCGUGGGCUAGUCUUUUUCACAAUUCCAAGCCCUCUGCUUCCACAUCUGUGGUCUAUGUUGAGACUAAGUAUACCCCUCCUGCCACAUCUACUCUGGUCCCUGAAAAACAGGUUGAAGUCAAAGAGGGGCCUGUUCCAGUUUCAGAGGAUCCUGUAGCCAUAAAGAUUGCAGAAUUACUGGAAAAUGUAAAACUAGUACAUAAACCAGUGUCUUUGCAACCUCGAGGGCUGAUCAACAAAGGAAACUGGUGCUACAUCAAUGCCACCCUGCAAGCCUUGGUUGCUUGCCCUCCAAUGUAUCAUUUAAUGAAGUCCAUUCCAAUGUAUUCAAAAUCACAGCGGCCGUGUACAUCAACACCAAUGAUAGACAGUUUUGUUCGUUUAAUGAAUGAGUUCACUAAUAUGCCUGUACCUCCUAAAGCAAAACAAGCUUUAGGUGAUAAAAUUGUGAGGGACAUCCGACCAGGAGCUGCCUUUGAACCUACGUAUAUUUAUAGACUUCUGACGGUUAUCAAGUCAAGUCUGUCAGAGAAGGGCAGGCAAGAGGAUGCUGAAGAAUACUUGGGAUUUAUUCUUAAUGGACUACAUGAAGAAAUGCUGACCCUAAAGAAACUUCUCUCUCCACCUAAUGAAAAACUCUCUGUUUCCAAUGGCCCUGAGGUUCAGACUGUUCAUGAGGAAGAGGAGCAAGAUGAGCAAGGAGAAGGCAGUGAAGAUGAAUGGGAGCAAGUGGGACCUCGCAACAAAUCCUCAGUCACUCGACAGGCUGACUUUGUUCAGACUCCAAUAACUGAUAUUUUUGGUGGUCACAUAAGAUCUGUUGUUUACCAGCAGAGUUCUAAAGAGUCUGCUACGCUGCAACCUUUCUUCACCCUGCAACUGGAUAUCCAGUCUGACAAGAUACGCACCGUCCAGGAUGCAUUGGAAAGUUUGGUAGCAAGAGAGUCUGUCCAGGGUUAUACCACAAAAACCAAGCAAGAGGUGGAGAUCAGUCGAAGAGUGACACUAGAAGAACUCCCCCCUGUCCUUGUUUUACACCUCAAGAGGUUUGUGUAUGAGAAGACUGGCGGAUGUCAGAAGCUUAUCAAGAAUAUUGAGUAUCCUGUUGAUCUGGAAAUUAGUAAAGAGCUACUAUCUCCUGGUGUGAAAAGUAAAAUUUUUAAAGGCCAAAGAACCUACCGGCUCUUUGCAGUUGUUUAUCAUCACGGAAACAGCGCAACUGGUGGCCAUUACACUACGGACGUCUUCCAAAUCGGGCUCAACGGCUGGUUACGCAUCGAUGACCAGGCAGUGAAGGUGAUCAAUCAGUACCAGGUGGUGAAGCCGUCUGCAGAACGCACAGCCUACCUCCUGUACUACCGCCGAGUUGACCUGCUGUGAAACUUCUCCCUCUAUGCUGUGUGUGCAAGAUACCUGCUUUGUAGAACGCCAACUAUCACUAACUUUUUUUCCUUCUCCUGUAAAUGCUCUUUUGAGUGAAUCUCUUUUUUUUCUUUUUUUUUUUUUUUCUUUUCCCUUGCAACUAUGGGAUAGAGUGAAAAAGGAAACUACCGUGGGUUUGUGCACAACAUAGUUUGUGUUGACUUUGACUUUGCAGAAUGGAGUCACUGGGUUGAAAGACUCGAGUCUCGUGAAUCACAAAAAUAAAAAAAAUUUAAAAAUUAAAAAAAAAUAAAAAUAAAAAAAAAAAUCUGAAUUAAUGCUGAAUCCUAAGAUAAUAAACAGGGGAUUUGCAUUUGAUUCCCACUUUCUAAUUGCGUAGUAGAAGAAAACAGUGCACCAGCAACAGAACUUGUAGAUUUCUGUGAAAAUGUUUUAUCUUUACUUAAUUAAAAUAAAAAAAAUAAAAAAUAAAAAAAAUAAAAAUAAAAAAUACAAAAGCGCUCUCUGCUCCCCCAAUAGUUUUUGAUAAGUGGUAAAAGAUGAGCCAAUGUGUAUGAGAUGGAGAUGGUCCUGUGUGCUUCAAAAAUGGACAAACGUACAAAAUGCAGAGUUGCUGGUUCCUAAUAGGAAGACACAUUUUAAUAAUUGUGUGAUGAGAAACUGCUUAAGUACACAUUGCAGAUCAAAUAUUUGGAGUUAAGAUGUUAGUCUAUAUAGAUGGGUGAUUGUAACUUUAUUGCUAUUAUGAAAUUUCAAACUGCAUUUAUGCUUCUGUGUACAUGAAAUUUAAGAAAAAAAAAAUGGGCAAAAUAAUUAAGAUUGAUAUUUCUUUAAGUCUGCUUUGUUUAAUUUUGCUGUCUGCUCUCCUAUAAUGUUGAGUUCCUAAUUGUACACAGUUUAGUGAUAUCUAGAAGUAUAAAGUUGUCGCCCAUCAAUAAAAGUCACAAAGUUGGUUUAAGGUGUGUGUUGGUGUGGGUUUUGUUUUUCCUUUGGUGUAAAUUCUAGCCUUGAACUCCUAAAUAUUGCCUUGUGGCUCUUUUUACAGGGUGCAGGUGCUGUUGCUCAAAUGAAGUGCAGAUGCUUUUUGUCUUUUAACAACAGCUCCUUGGAACUUCAGGAGUGUUUCCAUUUGGCAUUGAGACGAAACCACGGAGGAGAGGCUGCAGCCUGUGGGGAGUGAAUCCUCCCCAUGUCCUACAGGAAGGCCUGACAGGAUGCCAGCCUUAAUGUUUCCAUGUAAAGUGAUGUUAGGUUUUUCAAGAGAAAGGAAGCAGCUCUGUCAGUGUCUUAGGUUGCAACACUUGUCUGUUGACAUGGGCUUCCCUCUUGUGUUUUCUGCCCAAACAAAGCAAGAAUUAGUCACCUUACAAAAGACAGGAAGCUUAUUCAUGGCUGCUUCCUGAAAAAGAGUAAAGUGAUGGUGAGUCCUGGGUGCAUUUACCAUGCAAGGCUGUGCUGGUGCAUGCAUAGCUCCUGCAGCAGGAACCAAUGAGCUGCUGGGGCAGGGCAAGCCCAGCUGACAUGUACAGGGCUUUCCUAUGCUGUUCUCUUGUAGGAAUGACUGUGCUGCUCAUUUGUUCUGCAGAACUCCUAUUUUUGUGCUGCUAGAAGAUGGAGGACAUUUAUCUGGCGUUCACUUGCAUCUCCAGCAGGUUGUGAAAUGGGCAUUUCUGGUAACGUAGACUUGUUGUGCACCUCUUACCAUUGCAGCAACUGCUUCAGAGACACAACAGCAGCAGCUUUGUGCAACUAUUCAUCUUGCAGUGCCAUGGCACCAUGAAAAAUGAGGAUUUCACACAUCCGUAUGUUCCAGCAGAAGGGGCAGGUGAUUGCUAGUUGGUAGUGGGUCCUUGCAACACAGGGUGGUUUUGACCAGUGUCAGCCAAAACUUUGAGCUUGUGGGUCGAAUACACUAAAGCUUUUCUGUUCAGAAAAGACCCACAUAGGCCUGAUGUCUAAGUUUGGAGACAAUAUAAAGGAACUGGAGCUCCCCUUAGGUGUUAAAUAUUAAAUGGAAUUGGAAAAUAUUGAAGGAAUAGAGAAUGCUGAAAAAAAAACCAAAAAAAACCCUGCAGUUUGCUCUUUGUGCAUUUGGUUGUUACAGGCAGGUUGCAGGUGUUGUUAAUUAUGAAUGAGUAAUGGCCAAGUGAAAAGGCAAGCAUUGAAAUCCUUGGUAAGGAGUGGAGGUUGCUCAGAUGGUAUUCAUUUCUGUGAUUUUUGGUAAGGAUAUUACGAAUGUACUUAUUGCUAAAAUCUGUCUUUCUGCAGCGUAUUGCUCAAAAGGGGAAAAAGCAGUACGAGCCAUGGGGCAAGUCUGAUGGACACACAGCACCACAGUUUCUUUUCCUUAUUAAAUCCUUCCAACCUUUGCAGCCCUCUAAUUAUUUGCUGUGUCUGCAGUUAUGUAAAAGAAGGAAAACCACCCCAAACUCCCCCAAAAUGAAAAUCUCAUGGGCUGAGAUGCUGUUAGAAAAAUCUCGGAGCACGAAUCAGGAAUGGUUUGAUGGGCUGGGGGAGAAAGGCUUCCAAUACCUGGAGCUCUUUGGGGGUAGGAGAAGUUGUGCCUUUCAUUUUUCAGUUACCUAAGAGAUUGUAGCUUUUAAUAAUUAAAGAAAUCGUGUUUCUUUUUCACUUAUUGCCAAGCAGAUCCCUUCCAAUAGGGCUCUCCCAUGUGUACAUGUAUGCAGACCACUGCAGAGGGCAGUGGUGGCACACUCAGAUGGGUUCCAUGUGUGGAUGACUCCGUGCAUCUGACAUAGCUCCUAUGGCACACUGUGAGUGUUCUCAGGGUGUUCUGGUG